AUGUUUGGAGAUAGAAUAGAAGAAUAUGAACUGCUUGAGCAUCUCGGCAAAGGUGGAUUUGCUCAUGUGUAUAGAGCAAAAUGUCGAAAGACAGGAAUUUUUGUUGCCAUCAAGAUGAUAGAUAAAGCUUUAAUGGCCAGUGCUGGUAUGAUUGGAAGAGUUCGACAAGAGGUUACAAUACACUCUCGCUUAAAACAUCCAGCUAUAUUAGAGUUGUACACAUUCUUUGAAGAUGUACAUUAUGUUUAUUUAGUAUUAGAACUAGCACAUAAUGGUGAAUUAGCUAAACAUUUCAAAUUGGGUACGAGGGGCCUUUCUGAAAAGGCUGCUGCUGAUAUAUUUAGACAAGUUGUGAGUGGAGUUUUAUACCUUCACGCUCAUAAUAUUAUUCAUAGAGACUUAUCUCUAAACAAUUUGUUGUUGACUAAAGAUUUGAAUGUGAAAAUUGCUGACUUUGGUUUAGCAACCCAGUUGAAUGCUCCAGACGAAAAACAUGUCACUAUGUGUGGAACACCUAAUUACAUAUCUCCUGAAGUAGCAUCAAGAGCUAUGCACGGUCUCCCCGCUGAUGUUUGGGGUCUAGGAUGCAUGCUAUAUACACUUUUAGUGGGUAGCCCACCAUUUCAUACACAACAUGUAAAAACUACUUUAAAUAAAGUAAUUAAUGCUGAUUACAAAAUUCCAUCUGAGAUAUCAAUGCCAGCUCAGGAUUUGUUACAAAAGCUUCUAUGUAAAGAUCCUUCAAAAAGGAUUACAUUGAAAGGCAUCAUGGAACAUCCAUUUUUAAAUAGCAGUUACACCAGCAUCCCAAAACAUGAGUUAUCAAGGGACUCAGGUUUUCUGACCACAUUGCAUAGCACUCAACAUAGCCAGAAACCAAGAAUAGAAGGAAAAUCCAAUUCAGAUUACUUAUUUAAUGAACCUAACAAUUUUAAGAAAGAAUAUGAUAAGGAGAACUUAUUAUCAAGUAAAUGUUUUGAACAUAACUCAUACAAUGUAUUUGAACCACAGAGUAACUGUGCUUCCUCUGCUUGUGAACCUCUGAAACUGAUGAACCUUCAAAAUGUACAGCCACAAAUAACUAGUCAAAAUUAUGCAAAUUCAUGUGAACCCAUAGAGAUUCCAUGUAUGAAAAACUUGGACAUUAAAGGUGUCAAACCUGAAGAGAGUAGUUCUAGUGACAAAAGAUCUGAGCCAAAGCAAUGUAAAAUUACUUCAAACGUUUUGAGUGUCCCCCCGCUUUGUGCCGACAGACUUCCCACUAUCUCACACAGGACAAGAAAUGCAAUUUUAAAAAUUGAUUCUUCUGAGGUAACUGUUGAAUUCCUUAAACGAAAAGGCAAAGAAAGAGAGGAAAGAGUAGCUGAAGUUUGUAAAAUAUCGAAAGACGGUAUGAGAAUAGUAAUUUACUCGGUAGACAAAGAAAGGGAUAAAGCUUUUACCACCGAACACAACCCCAAUCCUAAUGAAGUGUUUUCAUAUCACAAUUUACCCCAGAAACAUUGGAAAAAGUAUUUAUAUGCAGCUCGUUUUGUGGAACUAGUAAAAGCAAAGACACCCAAAAUAACUCUUUAUACACCUCUAGCAAAAUGUCAGCUGAUGGAAAACGGCACAGAUAUUGAAAUGUUUUUUUAUAACAACGAAAAAGUUACAUUUACAUCUGCAGAAGGUUUAAAAGUCAUAGACAAAAAUUUAAAAACUUACCAAAAUGCAAAAUUUGUUCCGGAAUUAAAAUAUUUAACUGAUCAUUUUGAAGAAUGUUCUAAUAGGUUGAAUAGGAUACAAAGUGCUCUAUCAUGUAUUCCAGAUGAAUGUUUUCCUCUUAUAAUUGGAAAAAGACCAGUUCAGCCGACAAGCACAACCCACAGUGUUACACCCUCAUUGCAAGGGUCUGAACCCCACUUUAAUACACCAUUGUAUAAUUUUGGAUCAUUUCAUCGUACAACUUCCUGUUCCAGUCGAGCAAAGAGCGAAAAUAAUAUUCUUUAA